AUGCAGAACCUUGCGCUGCCGGUGCGCACGAGCGCCAGUCGGCGCAACCAGGAGAGCAGGAGUUACUUUACGAGCUACACGCCGCCGAGCUCCACGGAGGCUAUCAAUGGGCCAGUGAGGGAGCCGGUGAGGGAGCAGCCGCCGAUGACUGACCGGUUGAUUGUGGGAGUGGAUUUUGGCACGACGUUUUCAGGCGUCGCCGCAGUAUAUACAUCAACGCCUGACGACGUCGAAAUCAUCAAGACGUGGCCAGGCGGCAACGGCAUCACCUCAGACAAGGUGCCUACCGAGAUUACAUACAGCUUCCCUCCCGACGCCUCGCCCGGCGCUGAGCCCACGGUAAAAUGGGGUUUCCAGUUCAAGCCAGACGAGUCAAGGCUCCGGUGUAUCAAGCUUCCUCUCGACACGGCAGCACAGCUUAAGAAGUUUAACAAGAACGUCGUCGAUGCCGUCAGCGAUUACCUCACCCAGAUCUACAAGCACACCAUGGACACUCUGACACGGCGCUACGGAGAAUCCUUCAUGGCCUCGACAAAGGUCGAGUUCGUCCUGACGUGCCCGGCGGUUUGGAGCGACACAGCAAAGAAUACGACGCUGCAGGCGGCUGAGCGGGCGGGCAUGGGCAGCCGUUCCGAGAUUCAGAUGAUUAGCGAGCCUGAAGCGGCGGCUGUAUACACGCUCAAGGCGAUUCAGCCCAAUCACUUGAACAUUGGGGACAACUUUAUCGUGUGCGACGCAGGAGGCGGCACAGUGGACCUAAUUGCCUAUAAAAUCAUAUCUCUAAAACCCCUGAGAGUCGAAGAGUUCGAGGAGCAUGUUCGGACGAGGUUGGGCCAGGCCCGCUUCGACGAGAUGAAGUCGAAAAAGGGCAAGACAUGGCAGAUGGGCUUGCGGUACUUUGAAGAGUUUGUCAAGCGCAAUUUCAACGAGGACGAGCAUCAGGAGAUUAAUGUUCCUUUUCCCGGUCUCCCAGAUGACGAGGAGGCAGGGCUGGACUCGGGAUUCAUGGUCAUGAGCGCAGAGCAGAUCAAGGACAUCUUUGAGCCCGUCGUCAAGGAAGUCUGCGAUUUGGUCCAAGGCCAGGUCGAAGGACUCCGUGCCAAGGGCGGCAUCGUCUCAGGCAUCGUGCUGGUCGGAGGAUUCGGCCAGAGCGACUAUCUAUACCGGCGUCUCAAGUCGCACUUUUCGAACGGCGGAUCGAUCGAGGUGAUGCAGCCGGUCUAUGCGUGGACAGCGGUGGUGCGCGGCGCGGUGCUUCGGGGACUGGAGGGCAACAUGGUGAUUUCGAGAAAAUCGAGGAUGCACUACGGGACGUCGUUUGCGACGGUGUAUGACGAGGAGAAGCACUCUGUUAGUGAACGGUACUGGUCGCCGCUAUGGGAGCGGUGGAUGGUGUCUGAUCGGAUGCAGUGGCACAUUGCCAAGGGCGAGGCGCUUUCUCCUCUAUCGCCCAUUGCCUUCCACUACACCCGCAACUUCCGGCCGGGCCAGUCGCUCAUCGUGACGGACGACCUGAUUGCGUGCGAUGCGGACGAGCCGCCGGCGGCGCACACGCGCGACCUGAUCAACGUGUGCACGCUGACGACGGAUCUGAAUGCCGUGCCGAGGAGCCUGUUUACGCGGUUGACGACGACCAGGGGGGUGGAAUUCGACAACCUGGACUUUACGCUGGAGAUGAUUGUGGACAGUGCGGGGUUGGGCUUUGAGCUCAAGGUUGACGGGGUGCGGUAUGGGCGGGUGGAAGCCGAGUUUCACUGA